GUAUUUUUUUAAUUGUAAACUGGUAAAGCAAACAUGAUUGUCAUGCCGAUUUUGGUCCGUACAUGCGAUCCUAACCACACUUGAUGGUAUCAGGGACCCCCACUAUUAUGACACUUGACUUUAAUUAAAUCUUACGUAGAUUUUUAAAUAAUUAUGUUGCUACAUAAAGGAAAUAAAAUUAUGGAUCCUUCUUUAAUUGUGUACUAUUUAUUACUUGUAUAAAGUCUCUAUUUUCAAUUGCAUAUCAAAUUUUAGAACGAUUAUUUACUAUCAAACGUUGAUUUUGCGCAUAAUAUUGGAUGUCAUUGAAAGUCGUUUUUUUAUUUAUAAAUAGAUUAUACGUAAGAAAUGUGUUGAAUUGUAAAUACAUUACAUUUUGUAUAUGUUUUUUAAUUUGCUUACUAAUGUAAAUUUGAUUUUAAUAAUCAGAUUAACUACAUCUUAAAGUAUUAAGAAUUGCAAAACAAUUGUAUUACCUUCAUAUUAAGGCAUAUUUUUUAUAUAGCCUUUUAAAUGUAAAGCAUAUAAAGCAGAAAAAAAUGAGUGCUUUGUUAAAAAGAAAUGAUAAUAAUUCAGAUCAUGCUAUAGCAGGGGCUGCUAGUGGUUUUAUAACAAGGUUUUGUUGUCAACCUUUAGAUGUUAUAAAAAUUAGAUUUCAGUUACAAGUUGAACCAAUUACUGAUCAUCAUGUUAGUAAAUACCAGUCUUUAGUCCAAGCAUUUUAUUUAAUAACUAAAGAAGAAGGUCUUUUUGCACUUUGGAAAGGACAUGUUCCUGCACAAUUACUUUCUAUUGUAUAUGGAAUGAGUCAGUUCUAUUCAUUUCAUAUGUUCAUGAAAGUAACAGACAGUUUUCCAUCAUUGAAUGAAUGGAUAUAUUCAACAAAAUUUGUAGCUGGAGCAGGUGCUGGUUUGGUAGCUACAGUUAUAUCAUUUCCUUUUGACACCAUAAGAACUAGAUUAGUGGCACAAUCAAGUAAGCAUCAAGUAUAUAAGGGAAUUUUUCAUUCUUGCAGUUGUAUUGUGCGACAUGAAUCUCCAAGGGUCUUCUUUUAUGGAUUACUACCAUCAUUAUUGCAAAUUGCACCACAUACUGGGUUGCAAUUUGCAUUUUAUGGAUUUUUUACUGAUGUUUAUAAAAAAUAUUAUAAUGAAACAGAUAAUAAUUUUUAUAACUCUAUGAUGUCAGGUAGUGCAGCUGGUUUAUUAGCUAAAACUGCAAUAUAUCCACUUGAUCUUAGUAGAAAAAGAUUACAAAUACAAGGGUUUAAGCAUGGUAGAACAGGUUUUGGCACAUUUUUUGAGUGCAAGGGUCUUAUAGAUUGUUUAAAAGUAACAUUCAAGAAAGAGGGAGUAAAAGGGCUGUUUAAAGGUUUAGUACCAAGUCAAUUAAAAGCAGCUGCAACAACUGCAUUGCAUUUUACCGCAUAUGAACAAAGUUUAGUAGCAAUACAAGCAUUAAGAUCAUAUGCUUCCAAAAAGUAGUCAUAAUAUUGAUGUAUAAUAGUACAAUAUUAGAAUAUAUUAUUGAUUGUUAUAUGUACAAAUUUAUGUAUAUAUGUUAAUAUAACUUGCAUUUGUACAAAAAACUAAACUAUAUAGAUAAACAAUGACAUGUAUACAAAACUAAUUUAUUUUUUGUAUAUAUUCCAAUAUGUAUUUAGUAGAUUGAUUAAUUUUUAUACUUAAGAAUACACUUUGUAUUUAUAGUUGUA